CCGAAGAGAGCACACACACACACUCACACUAAAAACUGGAGUGAAGGAGCAAAAUGAAUUGUACAGUAUGUCUCCAGAUAGCCAAGAAGGAGGAGAAGAAGAAGGUGCUGCAUGCUGGAUGGUGGCUGGUGGAUAGGGGUUGUGCGUUAGCAGCAGCAGCAGCAGCAGCAGCAGGAGGAGGAGGAGGAGGAGGAGGAAGAGGAGGAGGAGUGUGACUGUGUAAUUACGUGGGUGAAAAAAAAAAAAAAAAGUUGGGUCUGAUUUGCUGGAAUCGCGCAGGAGCGAAGGUGCACCGGUCGGUUUCAUAUCAAGUUUGGUUAAAGCAAAGGGCUGAACAUCACACACUCUCUCAUGCUUUUAUGAACGAGAUCGCACAGCCGCAGCAGCGAGACGCGCACAGUGUGCUGUAGUAAGAAGAGGACUAUACGCGCUUUGCACCGGCUCUAUACGACAAACUGCUUUUACCGUGCAUGUCCAACAACAAAAAACAAAAAAAAAAUCCUGCAUACAAUUUUUUUUUCUCUCUCUCUGCGGAGACGACAAUCUUUUUGGAUCGCACAAAAAUUCAUGGAUGUUCUUGGAUAACCUUCUUAUUGUUUUUCCGCGGAUAAGCUGCUCCACAGUGUUGCACGGUGCACAUCGCUCCAGGAAUGGCGCGAUAAAGUGAUCAGAGGAAUCAGUCCAAGUACAUUCACCUUUUUGUGUGUGUGUGUGUAGCCGUCUCGUCAUGUAUUCUCCAAUUUGUCUUACUCAGGAUGAAUUUCAUCCCUUCAUCGAGGCACUUCUCCCUCACGUCCGCGCCAUUGCCUACACGUGGUUCAACCUCCAGGCCCGAAAACGCAAGUACUUCAAGAAGCACGAGAAGCGGAUGUCCAAGGACGAGGAGCGCGCGGUGAAGGACGAGCUGUUGGGCGAGAAGCCCGAGGUGAAGCAGAAGUGGGCGUCCAGGCUGCUGGCCAAGCUGCGUAAGGACAUUCGGCAGGAGUACCGGGAGGACUUUGUCCUCAGCGUGACGGGCAAGAAGCACCCGUGCUGCGUGCUAUCCAACCCGGACCAGAAGGGUAAGAUCCGCCGGAUCGACUGCUUGAGGCAGGCCGACAAAGUUUGGCGCCUGGACCUGGUGAUGGUCAUCCUCUUCAAAGGCAUCCCUCUGGAAAGUACAGACGGGGAGCGCCUCGUCAAGUCUCAACAUUGCACCAACCCAGCACUUUGUGUCCAGCCACACCACAUAACAGUAUCGGUCAAGGAGCUGGACUUGUUUCUAGCGUACUAUGUCCAGGACCAAGAAUCGCAGCAGUCAGGAAGUCCCAGUAACAAUGAGCCAGGCAAGACCCCUCUUCCAGUCUACUUGGAAGACAGCUUCAUCAAAUCAGGAGUCUUCAGUGUUACAGAACUGGUGCGAGUGUCCAGAAUGCCCAUCACCCACGGUGCUGCGGUAAACUUCUCCAUGGCCGACAUGCCCAGCCAACCCUACUAUCAUGACCUGAACUCCAGCGUGGGGCUGCACCGCUCCCUGUCCUCCCCUCCCGGCAGCAAAAGGCCCAAAACCGGCAGCAUGGAGGAGAACAUGGACACCAGCCCGACGGGACCCGACUUCUACUCGUCACCCAGCUCGCCAGCCAGCAGUCGGGCGAACUGGCACGACAGAGACGGAGCAGACAUGUCCUCUCCCACCAUGAAGAAGCCAGAGAAGCCGCUGUUCAGCCCCACCUCCCCGCAGGACUCCUCACCACGACUCAGCACUUUCCCUCAGCCUCAUCACCCAGGCCUAACAGGUGUAGGACACAGUGUUAUAUCGACGAGGAGCCCCCCUCCACACUCGCCCCUGCAGUUCUCGGCCUCGUCUAUCCUGCCCCCAGCGCCGUCGCCCUACUUCUCGCACACCACCAUCCGCUACCCGCCCCACCUCAACCCAGCUGAUCCCCUCAAGAGCUACGUGCCGUCAUACGACCCGUCCAGCCCACAGAGCAGCCAGCCUAACAGCAGUGGUCAGGUGGGAAAGGUCCCGGGCCACUUCACCCCAGUUCUGGCCCCUUCCCCACACCACGGCGCCGUGCGACCAGUCUCGCUCUCCAUGCCAGACACCAAGCCCAUCACCACAUCCACGGAAGUUAUGGCGUGUUACCCAGGCUACUCAGCCCCCGGCACCCCGACGGCUAACCGUUUUGUAGGCCUGAGCCCAAGAGAUCCCGCCUUCCUCCACCAGCAACAGCUGAGGAAGUGUGACUGGAGCGUGACUCAAAACGGCAGGCAUUAUGGCCCCAGUGCCACUGACGACACUUUGGGGAUUACUUGGCAAAGUCCUGGUACCUGGGCGAGCUUAGUUCCAUUCCAAGUGUCGAACGGGACUCCGAUUCUGCCAACAAAUGUCCACCAGAACUACAGCAUAAACAUCAUUGGUGAGCCCCUGGUCCCCGCUGAGACGGGGAACUGAACACACACAAGAGGCCGGAUGACCCCCCCAGAACGGUGGAUGCGUGGGUGGGGGUGUUGGUGGUGCACAGCUAGCACUAAAGGUGUCCGCAGCCAUGGAUGAAACCAGCAAGCAGCACGAGCUGCACAAUCGUCCCCCCCCCCCCUCUCUCUCUCCUCCCAAUCUCCCCACCCCCCCCGUCCCUUCCCAUGAAGGACACUGGCCGUGAAGUGAAGAGUUCGGAGGGAAGAAAAAAGAAAACGCUUCAGGUCUGCUGUCUCCUCGCCCCCCCGCCCAGCCCACACACCCACCACCCACCAGUCAGUCGUUGUGUUUGCAGAACUUUUCAAUCCAUUCAAAUACUGUGAUGUAUAGAUGCCUUAAUGUUUUAUUGCAUGACACUCUAGUCUCUUAGCGGCAAUUCCUACUAUUUUUCCAUGUUGGGGGAAGAUGUAAAAUCUCGAUUUACACACAAGCGAAGAGGUCUGCGUACCGACAACCUCUGCCUGGUGGAUGGCUCCGAGACUCUAAGCUCUCCGAUCAGACCUCUUGAAAAGAGGCUUUCCCACGUCAAACGAUUCACUGUGUACACCAUAGGAACAAAACAGAAAAAAAAGUUGUGAAUUCAGAGUGUUUUCUUCUUCCGUUUUGAUUUCAGUUUACUGUGAUACGACUCUUUGUUCAGAGAAUGUGUUGACUUUGUUUAUUCUUUACUGCUACUUACUUCAAGAAUUAACGCUUAACGGUAAGAGUUGAGAACUCUUGAUGCGGUUUUGAAAAAAAAACACUAAAUGUUCGGCUUGAGAUUGGACCCCUCACUAAAAGAAUUUGCAACUCCUUUACAAAAGGAUUUUUUGAGAAAAAAAAUGACGGAGAAUAAGAAAAUCGCGAUAGAGGCAAGUGCAAUUGAAUUUUUGAAGGGAAGCUAUCAGUCUGUCAGCCCUAAGACUCUAAAGGAAGGGGGAUAAAUAUUAAAUGGAUUUAUGGGUAAAAAUGUUUAAGGAAACAUUUGAAUUUGAUUUCGGUCACAUAUCCGUCUUCUCACAGGAGAAAAACAUCACGCGUGGGAGGCAGUUGAAGGCAAGCACUAAGCUACCUGUGCAGCGCUGAGCAACACCAGCACUUCUUUUGAGCCCUUCCCAUCAUUAUGGGGAGUUUUUUUUAUUUAUUUUGGGGGAAAAAAUAACAUAAGUAAAGAAAAGAGACACACAUAGUGUGUAAAAAUGUCAUUUCAUGUUUUUUAAAAAAUGUUCACGAUAAGAUCAAGAACAUAUGCAUUUGGCCAUCAGCUUCUAAAGCUUAUGUUUACAAAAAAAAAAAUAUAUGGAAUGCAAAGUGUUAAUCCAUGGAAAUGUACAAUUCAUGCAAAUGUACAGUAGGCUUAUGUGUAAAGCUACAGUUUGUGCAAGGUUAACUCUACAGUGGAAGAGGUUGAAAACUGAAAUUAUGAAUCCAGGUGGUGGCAAAUCCCUGAAAUCUAGAAUUGUGCACGGCAUGUUCACAGCCAUUGCCUCUCCAGCCCAGACAUAUUUAUACAAGGAAAAUCUCUCCAGUACUCUUAAUUUGCACGAUGACAUAUAGUCCACAUUACGUGCCUUGCCUUUGAAUAUAGAGACAUCACUACACUUGUUUUUGCUGCAUUUAUCAUUAUAGAAAAAAAAUUAACAUUUUUAUGAUAAGAAUUGUUUUGUACUCUGAAUGAAAUUGUUGAUUUUUAACUUCAUGUACUACUCUAUCUCACAGUUACAUUGCAUAUCAAGGCUGUGUAUAGUUGCCGUUUUAAAGUUUGUAAUCAACCAGCAUUUUUUUUUUUUUCUCUCAGUAUUUUGGUGGUUUUUCUAAUAACCUGUCAUCUUUUUGUUUUCCUUAUUUUUUUGUUUUCAAUGCUCAUUUUUGUUCAUCUUCCAAUUACUAUUGUGGAGGGUGGAAUUCAGAAUUAUGAAAAUUAUGCAAUACCAAGUUUUGCCUAUGUAGGUAGUGCUUAUAGAUGCGUCAAUUAUUAGAGGCUAGUUUGGAGAUAGACAAUAUUGUAAUGCAUUUAUUUUGUUGAUAUCGUUGUUUGUCGUUGUUGUUGUUGUUGAUGAUGUUGUUGUUGUUGUGGGUGUUUUCCUUUUUUAUUGACCAAAGUGGGGACUGCUUUCUAUGCAGUGUAUGACAAGGUCUUUUUUUUUUUUUCUUUCUUUAGCAUAUAGGCCUACCGAAUGACGGUGUGUUCCAGUGUAUUUUGAAUUCGGGAGUUUUAGGGGGGAGGGGCGGUAUUUUUCUAGAAGUACUUAUAAAAACAAAAUGCACCCUUGGUCUUUCUACGGCUGCAAAGUCACUGAUUGGUCUACUGUGACUCUUACUUUCAACUUUCCACCUGGGGUGCUAGCAUGUGACCUUGAAGGAGCUCAUUUUUUUUCACAGGAGAGACGGCUUGACUUGAGUAUGACAAUCACUUUAAGAAAUCAUUUUGCGUAGAACCCCAUUCUCUCGUAGAUCCCUUGAAGACGCCGUCGCGCGCUCGUAUCGAACGCUACGCCGUACUAUUCGAGACGUCACCGAAUGCAAUUCCCAAGUAGAUGCCUUAAACACAUCAGUGAAGUGGCCUGUGACCUGCGCAACAAUCACACACCGACUAAUGCUCGUGAGACCUGUCCAAAUCAGUUCCAGACAGGCUCAAGCAAGCCUUUAGAAAGUAUUUUAUAAGUAGUAGAUUUGUAUAAAUGUAUAUACGAUAUGCACAUAUGUCAAUUCCUGAGAUACUUCCCCAGCCCAGUAGAGUAUGUCGAAGUAAAUAUUUCAAUAAUGGUGUUUUCUAACUCCAUGUCCAGCGGCCCAGUAGAAUAGAAUCCACUAGAAGAAAAAUAUAGCACUUAACUAGCACAUAGGCAAUCGUCUUCGCUCCCCGUACAGUGUUUUGAACCGAGUCUUAAACUAAAUCUCUCAGGCGUAUUACAGGGCAUUAUUUAUAUCAAUCAUUAUCUUACCAUUUUUAAUGUAAAAAAGUCUCACAGAGAGAGCAGCGCCUCCGAUGCUGCUACGACACCUUUUGCACUCUUUCCCUACAAUCGUGAAAGAUCCCCUCGGAGAGACAGUACUACCGUGGGCUCUCCGCCAGUAGUAAGCAGAGGGCUAAGAAGCAGAAAACGUUUUUAAAAUAAUCCUCAAGUCAAGCUCAAUCUCUCCGUCUUCACCCAGAUUUCUUAUGCAGAAAAUUUUUUAAAAAGUCACCCCGUUCUAUGUGCACUGUUCUGUCUUUUUUUGUUGUUUUAUUCUUUUAAAAGAAAAACUAUAAGUGCUUUGCAGCCUUUGGCCAUUGGAGACCCCACUGACGUGCAUUGUCCCCAAGUGUGUUUGUGAGUGUGUGUGAGAUAAAAAUGUGUCAGGGUCACUGUGCUGUUGGUGUUUAUUUGAAUAGGAGACUGUACAUAAAGGUAAAUAUCCUGAUUGCGUCGAUAGCAGUAGUCUGUGGGGUUGAACUCUGCUUUGGCAGCUUGAGUGUUAGUGUGCAUGCGCGCGUGUGUGUGACUUGUGAGCUGGGUGUGUGAUCGAGUGCCUCUGACACUACACAAUGAGAGAAGAUGAGGGUCUUUCUAUUGAAAAAAAAAAAAAAGCCUGCCGUAGGACAGGAGUUUGUACACUGUAAACUUUCUCGAGAGUUCUCCUCUUAAAGCCCUUAUUUGUAAAUCUUCAAUUCUAGGGGAAAAUAAGUCAAUUCCAUUUUAGGGAAAAAAAAUAAUUUUGUUUUGGAGGCUGGAUUUGAGUUAGAACUCUCCAGGUUUCCCCGAUUAGUAGAAUCUAAAGUGUUUUCAUUGGUUGUAUUCCUGUAUGUAAAGUCAAAAAAGAGGGGGGAAAUAUUCUAUACAGAUCCAUAAAUAUAAAAAAAACAACAAUGAAGGCUUUUUUUAUUAUUAAUAUUAUUAUUUCUGAUCUUGGUUAGUGCUUAGAUAUUUCCAUUUGGGAAACACUUCAUGAAUAUUUGAAUUGUUGUUCUUUCAUUAGUGUGGCCAUAGCGAGUGUGAUGUGAUUUAUCUCAUUUUUUUGCAAAUGGGUGUGAAUUCUUGUCCAACAAGAUCUUGGUGUGAGUGUGUUUCUUGUAGCAGCUGGGAGGUGGCUUCACUUAACCAGUAGAAAAAUGGCCCCAGAUUGCACCUGACCUUAAGCGAGAAGCAGGGUAAAAAUCUGCAGUGACAAACGUCCUCGAUGAAUCUAUCAGAUAGUUUUUAUUUUGUUUCUUUUCAGAGGAAAUGUUGCAAGACGACAUAGAUCGGAUUCGGCCGGCCAAUGUUAAGCCGUAUGCAGACGAUACUCUAAAAUAUCUCUCUAAAGAUCAGUACCAACAUCUAGGCAUCACUCAUUUUGCACAUUCCACAUGCUGUCUAUGCCUGAUGUGAGGUAGAAAAACACUUCAUUCACACUACAAACAAACAUUACAUUAACUGCAGGUGCUUCAGAAUAGGGUACUGUACCUUCCAGCUGACAAUAGCUAGUGUAUUUGGGCAUGGUUACGUAUUUCUAUUGCUACGCAGGGUGUGAAUGUAGCCUGUCAAAACGCUCUUUACGAAAUUUGAAUCAGUGUUCCACCCAUCAGAAAGAGCCGUAUUCAAGGCAGACUUUGACACUCACAACGACCUUAUUUUAGAAAGUAUUAUGCCAUUGAUCGCCGCGAUCAUCGAGAAACAGGACAACUUUAUGCAAGGAGGACCUGUGGCACUCAUGCAAUAUGUGUGAUUUUCCUUUUUAACUGAAUGUCACGCACUCUGUAGGGACUGAGAGGGCGUAUACAUGCAGAAUUAUAGGAAAGCAUUAAUUAAUACUUCAUUUUUCAUCCUACAUGAGCAAUACACACCUUCCAUACGCUGGCUAGCUGCUAGUCACUUGGCAUCAGGUUGUUAUAAAACAUGAAAACCAGCAUUUUUACAGGAUGUAACAUUCACCAAAAGAAGACAAAAAGAUAGCAAUGCAGUGCCUGUUCAAGCUGUCCAAGUGUCUAUUGUAUAUAAUUGUAAAAUGUGAUAGACUUACUUUCAUAUGUGACAAGAAAAACACCAUCACACAGAACAGAAUGUGGCAAACUCAUCUAGAAAUAUGCUCUUUAUUACUUCUUUGAUGUUUUUUUUUUUUUGGUUGCGAUUUAUUAAUUAUGUCUGCACACAAUGCCCACAUCAAGCAAAAUUUGAGAGGAAAUGUUCAUUCUUCUUUUUUCUUUCUUUUAUUUUCGGGAGGGGGACUGGGGCGGGGGGGGGUCAGUGCUACAUUAAGAGCAGUGAAAGGUUGAAAUAAUGUCUUUUCUUAAGAUUACUCACCAGUUUUCUCUGCAGGGCUGAUUUAUUUUUGGGUCUUGUGGCACUUUUACGUCCCUCUGCGCACACAUUUCUACUUCGUGAAUCAUGGUGGAAUUAUAUAUAACGAACAACAACAACAACACCAACAAAACAAUAUGUAAACAGUCUCCAGUAGUGAUCGUAGUAACACUGCAAGUGUGUGCAAAGGUCUAUGUAUGUAUCUGAAUGUACGUUUUAGAGGACUUUUUGGAAACCUUUUUUUGUUUUUUAUCUUUUCAUUGACAGUUUAGGAGCCACAGGUGUCCAUUGUGAACUGUAUAGCGAAGGCCUUGAUAUCCCUUCUUUUUAUUGAUUUUAGAAACGCCGAGCAUUAGGCGAUGCCUUCAAGCUGGUUACAUUUGGUGCAGGGGCUAAAAUUGCCACAAGAUUAAAAUCAGUGUAAAUAAAGGCUCAACUUUUUGUGAUUGUUACUGUUAUAUCCAGCCUAUACUGCUAGCAGCUGUUUUUACUGCAGUCAAUUACUGGAAGUGGAUAUAUUUCCUAUGCAAAACUGUUUAAACAAUAAAAUGAGCUAUGCUACAAAAAGGA